AUGUUGAUAGUUGGAGUGACCCUUUGGUUCAUUUCUAGUUUCAUCAUCCCCUUCAAGUCCGCUAUUCUGAACACAUCGGACUACUACAGUUCUGGCUGGAUCACAUUGGUUACAGUUGAAUACUUGUAUCCCCUUCUCGCCAUUUAUGGAGUCCUCAUUAUUUACCUCUUUGUUCUUCUGCUCUACACCUGGGAUUUGAAAACGGGCCUCAGAUGGGAUCCGGUUUCUAUCGCAGACAAUUUGGCUCUCUUCCGACAUUCAGAUUUCUUGGAGGACUUUAAGGAUCUCGACAUGGACGAUCCUGCAUCCCACCGCGAACGCUUCGCCGACUCUGCCUACCGGCUUGGUUAUUGGCGUAUUGAUAAAAAUGGACCUCCACAAUACUGGCACGGGUUUGCACGAGACCCUGGAGUCCCAAACGGAUCUCGACCAAGAACAGUCGAAGAACCCACAGAUGAUCAAUAUUACAACACCACAUCUUGGAUAUUCCACCCAGUCAGCAUGGUUAUAUGGUUCGCUUUAUGGGUCAUCCUCAGCGCAUGUUUUGCUACUCUACUUGUCAAAGGAUUCCAGCAUUAUCAUACCGGCUUCGUCAUACAAUGCAGUACCUUAGCCACCGGUUUUAUUCUCCAAAUCCUUCCACCAUUCCUGGCCAGCUUCUUCACGGUAUUCUGGGAAGAAGCCGACCUGUUCUACCGGGCAGUCCAGCCAUACGCAGGCAUGAGGAAGAAGGGAAAAGCUCAAAUGGCCCAUGAGAAUCUUCUUCUCGAGUAUCCAUUCCUCCCCUCGCCCGUGAUAUCGUACAUCGCGUUCCGAAAGAAGCACUCCAAGGUAUCUUUCAUCUCACUCAUGGCUCUAGUGCAAAGACUUCUACCGAUUAUCGCGGCUGGCUCAGUUACGCUGUUUUCAUCGCCUGAUCAAGAUGACGCCACUAUUGUCUACGUCAGCCCCAUUUUGUGUACCGCCACGCUCGUCUUCGUCUUGCUGGAGUUCCCCUUGAUCGUACUCAUUAUCCCUGGCCCCGAGAGGCGGUUACCACACGACCUUGCGACAUUUGGAGACCUACUGUCCUGGUGCUGGGAUAGCGAUUUGGUGCGAGACAAAGUUUUCGACAUGACUAUCCAACAAGAGGACGACAACUCGGAAGCUGGGCUGGAUGACCGGCGAGUGAUGAAAGCCAAACUGCUCUCGGAUCGCGAUAAAUAUGCAUUUGGCGAGAUCAGGAAUCGCAACAACCGCGCAAACGGGAAUCAUCAUGAAGAACCUGCCCAUGUUGGCUUCGACUUUGAGAAAAACAUCGCUAUACCAGCAAUUCCGAAACGUCGACGCUGUGCAAUUUGA